AUGAAUAAACAGAAAUAUGAUAUCAGCCUCCUUUCAAACACUGCACUAUACUUAUAUAUUUUUAAUUAUGCAGGAUUAAUAAGGAUGUAUAAUAUUAAUUACAAUUGAUAGAUUUUCAUCAUUGAUUUCCAAACGAAAAGUAUCCAAUAACUAUUACAUUUAGGGUGAUGUAUCCUAGACAUAUGGAUCUUAAGAUCAUUAGUUGUGGAUAUAUUCUUUUAUCAUUCCUGGAUUGUUUCUUAUAGGUGGGUUGAUUCCUAUCUUGAUAUUUAUUCUUUUGAUAGUCAAUUAAUCUCGCUUAGAAAAAAUUUAGCUUAGAAAGCAUUUUUGUUAUUUAUUAAAUGAAUACAAAUAUUAAAAAUAUUAUUGGGAACUCAUCAAAUUAUUCAAGAAAACAAUUAUAAUAGUUAUAAUGACGAAUUUUGAAACUGAUAUUGUUUUAAAAGCAUCAUUAAUUGGAUUGUGCUUAUUAGUAUAUCAAAUUUUGGCUACAUUUCUUUAACCAUUUAUUAUUUAAAAAUAUAAUACUUUAGAUUUAUAUAGUAGUCAAAUUUGUUCAAUUUCAAUAUUUUUAGCUACAACCAAAUACAUUUGUGAAUAAAAUAUUUAUGAGUUCCUUUUUAUUAUUCUUCAAAUUUUUAUUGUAGGAUGUUUCAUUAAACUUUGUUACCCAUUUAUUUUUGGGAUUUUAAGAAGUUACGAGAAAAAAUAUAAAUUCUUCCUUUUGAAUAAAUUACAUUUCCUUCUAAAUUAGAAAGUAUCGAAUUUCUUUUUGACAAAAAUAUUAAAGAAAAUGUUAGAAAAAUAAAAACAAAGGGAAUAGAAAUUGAAGAAGAAUAUUAUUAUAUUAAAGAAUCAUUUAAUUUAUUUCUCAAAACUCUAACUAAGAAACUCUAAACAACUUAUGACAGGUUACUAUUCGAGUUCUUAUAGUUCAAGAAUUCAAAGUGUAAAAUCAAGUAGGUUAGAUAUCAAAAAAUUAUUUUUUGAUCCGAUUGAAUAAGAUGAAUUCACUAAAAAUUGA